ACCCCGUGGGCCAUGGAAGAGACCACCCCAUACAAGCCGCUGCACCCAGGCUCGAAUUCCAGAUGCAUUCGAGUUCUCGAUGUCAAAGCUGCAACCAAGCCUGAUGCGCUUGAUGAGCCAAUCCAAGGAGAAUUCCGGAUCAUAGAUUUCGAUACAGACCGCUCCCCAAGCUUCUCAGCCUUGUCGUACGUCUGGGGCAGCCCUGGAUCCAAAUCCUGUUCGGUCCUUUGCGGAGGACAUUCGUUACCCAUACUGCCUAAUGGACACUCUGCACUUAGGCAUCUACGUAAGAAACUGGGCAACUUCUCGAUCUGGAUUGACGCCAUAUGCAUUAAUCAGGAGGACAUCAAGGAGAAAGAACAUCAGAUUCCGCUCAUAGGCGACAUUUACUUGAAGAGCAACACCGUCUACGUAUGGCUGGGCGAAGGCAAUGCGCAGACCUCAAGAGCGAUAGCACACUUUAGGACGCCGAAAUUCCUGGAAUACUGUUACCGGGAUGGCUCUGGGGAAAUCACUAGACAUGCUAAACUUCGGUCCUGGCUAGCGACCUUUGUUUACGAAUUUGAGCUGUGUAAAGCGACAGGAAGUUUAUAUCCUGCCUCACAUCAACGCCAGAGAUUACGCUCCUCGCAAACUAGGGAAACCAAGGUUACCUUUGAAGAUAUUGACAGUCUUCUGGAUGUCGAGUGGAUUCGACGCAUGUGGACCUUCCAGGAAAUCCUCUUAGCAUCGAACCCCAUCCUUGUCUGUGGCGAUGACCAUAUAGAUUGGUUAACUUUUACUUUUGGCAUUGCAUUUCUGGAAUACAGUGGCGUUGUCUAUACCAACUUCGCACCCAAAGUCGCGUCCCUAGGGCCAUGGAUCAAAAUCUCCCUUGGCAGGGAAUAUAUUCAAAGCAAGAUCACAGGAUGCGCUACCACGCCGUUAAGGACGUAUAUCAUGUUCAUUCAUUCAAUCAUGAUGAAUGACAUGAAAAUCAAGGAACGAUCCCGUCUGAUAUUCAAGAUGUCUAGCUGCUGCAUUAUUUAUGUGCUUGCCAUAGGUGGUGGCAUUAUCGUAGACGACUAUAAAAACACUCGUGAACGUCUCAGACUGGCAGAAUAUUACAAAAAAGCCUUAAUUUCCAUGUUGGGCAAGGCAGCGAGCAGUCAGUUGAGUCCAACUUCCACGACACCAGCCAAUGGUGAAUAUAGCGAAUCAGCAAGCAUUUCCUCACUACACAGCACAACCACGGUCCAAUUAACGGAAACGUACCAGCCAACUGGUAUCCUGGCGAUAUUGGAUGAAGUUCGCCAGGGUAAACAACCCGAUCCAACCGGCUAUGUGAAUUCUGCAAUUGAUAAAAUCCGUACCGCUGUCGAAUCUGUGGCGAGCGACUGCCGUUCUCGUUGCUUUUCACACACCGAUACCCGUGGCUGUUUUGGUUCAUGCACAGCAACAAAUACUGCGAUGCCAACAGUACGAUCGGUGACAUUUCAAGAUGCAAAUGGACGUUAUCGACAUUCUCCACGGUGGUUUCAUAACAUGCUGAUUAUAGGGAUCUUGCUUUUUUCUUGCCUUGUAUUAAGCAUAUUGAUCUACUAUGUCACGUCCAGAUGGCACAGAAAAUACAAAAUGAAUUACACAUACCGACCACCUAUAGACACAGUGGACCUCAUCGAUGGUAUCGCUACCCGCCAAGCGAAACUCAAUCACGAUAAAGCCUUUGCUCUACGCAGUGUACUGCAAAGACUUUCAGCGACUGAACUGUCUCAUCCUGAUUAUGGUAGAUCAAUUGAAGCCGUGUAUGAGGAAUUCAAUCGUGAUCUGAUCAGGACUAGAGGAUGCGACCAGAUGCUGGCGAUAGCGUCGUUCAACCACCUAUCGGGUUACCCGUCCUGGAUGCCGGAUUGGUCAAAGCAGAUGGAACCUUUCUGGCUAGCCGAUGGCAGCACAAAAGUCAUCGCGGACCUGUUCCAACCGGAGCAAACGCUCAGUUCUGUUGGGUUGGGUGCAUCCAACUCCUUGAUUCUCUCGGCUCUUAGAGUUCACACAACUCCACAUGUAUACGAGUUCCAAGAAACAAAUCGCAGCUACAAGAACCAACAAAACGACUUGCAUAACAGAAACCUCGCUACCAGCCUCAAAUUGGCAAGACGAGCUUUCCCAGCCGACGAGAAGAGCAGGGAAGGGAAACGCGAUUUCAGAAGAGUGGCCGAGAGCAUCACCGCAAUAUGCUGUGAAAGUGCCCCUGAACUAGAUGAGAACCAUAUCAGGGAUUGGGUAAUGUUUCUUUGCAAGAACCGAACAAAGAAAUGCCAUGAAGUAUUUCCAUUACUCGCCGCGGAUCCCGAUUUGGUGCACACCCAGGUGACCAUUUGCAACAGUCUCGCUAAAAACCAGCGAAAGCUCUUCUGGAUUUGCUCUACCUGCCAACCGCGAUUCAAUUCGUCUCUACAAGCGCUCAAGCACAACUUCAUGCCUACACAGGGCUUCAACUACUGUGCUGGCAUCUGUCCUUCCACAGUCCAGAAAGGGCAUGUUCUACUACUGGCACCGAAAAUUUCGAUCCCUUUUUUUGUCGACGUAGUCCAAUCUUCAGACCCUGACCAAAACAAUGGAGCAGUGCUUGUGUCACGACUUGUCGGUCCUGCCAGGGUGAGGGGUUGGAUGGACGACGUAGAAUGGAAAGGCACUUUCGGUGAUUUUCAGACGACAAACGUUGUGACACUUCAACUGGUGUAG